AUGACGAGCAACGACACGGAAGAGUGCGGCGAGUCUGACGGCAUCGACAGCGCCGUCGUCGCCGUGCCAGACGCGCCCGAGGUCACGAACCUUCUCCUCAGGGCGUGGGCGCGCAUGGUCCAGAACCCGGGCGUCUCACAGCAGAUGGCCCUCGCGGGCGCCGUGGAGGAGAAGGCCGACAGGGUGGAGGCGGCGCUGCUGCCCUGCAGCACUGCGAGGCUCCAGGAGACGGACAAGGAAGAGAAAAGCGAUGACGAGUUCUUGGCGGCUCUGGCGCCGGGGGAGAAGCCCGCCGUCCACAAGAAGGCGAAGCGCUCCGAGGAGAGCGAGAACGCAGAGGUGACCGAGGAGCAGCCGAAGCCGAAGCCCAAGACCGGGCACUGGGACCCGCUGGAGAAGAAGUGGAUCCCCGCCGAGGGGGCGUCCAGGGUGCAGGAGCUGAAGGACAUGUGGUCGAAGCGCAUCGAGGAGAUGAGGGAAGCCAAUGGAUACAACGAGACGGCGGAGCGGGAGGCGGCCAUUGCAAGGAGGAUCGAAAACAGGAAGCAUAAGAAGCACAACAGGACCGGGCUGCCCACUCGCAAGAUCCGGUACUUGCCGCAGGCGGAGGUAGACAAAGUGAAGGCCAAAGAAGACGCGUGGGCAGAGGCACAGAGGAAGCAGAUGGAGGAUGACCUGGCCCACGCGGAGGAGCGCAAAGAGGACGCGUUCAAGAGGGAGGUCGAGAAGCAGAUGAAGAUCAUGGAGGGCAAGCGUGAGGAGACGACGACGACGACUCCACGGACGACGGCGACCUGGGGGCGGAGUAGGGUGGCGGCUGCGAGCGCUCGCCCACGGCGCCCCGAGUGGCCGGCCGAGCCACGCUCGCCAGCGAGUUCUUGGCUGCCCGCUUCCAGAUGGAUCGACUACACGUAA